GCCAGCAUUACUGCUCUUGUUUUUAAUCUUUGCUGUCUCAGCCAAGAGCCCCAUGGCACCCAGCACAGACUUCAUGGAGCAUAGCUCCCUCCUGACUCCCAAAGAGAAAAACAAACUGAGGAAGCCGGUGGUGGAAAAGAUGCGCCGGGACCGCAUCAACAGCAGCAUCGAGCAGCUGAAACUGUUGCUGGAGAAAGAAUUCCAGAGACACCAGCCCAACUCAAAGCUGGAAAAGGCUGACAUCCUGGAGAUGACCGUCAGCUACCUGAAACAGCAGAGUCACCUGCAGGGCAAAGCUCCAGGCUCACUUCCCAGAAGCCUGCAGACAGACUUCAAGGAGGGCUAUGCCCGCUGCCUGCAAGAAGCCUUCCACUUCCUCUCCUUCCACAAGGCACAGACAGACACCCAGACCAAGCUUCGUAGCCACUUCCAGAAAAGCUCCUUGGCAGACACUGAGGCGCUGGCUCCCUCUUUCCCAACUCCUGGUCCUGGGAAGCAGCCUGUCCUGAAGGGCCCUCCCAGUCCUCUGUGGAGGCCCUGGUAGAUGGACUGAUGCCAGCUAGCUCCAGUUUUUCACUCCAGAGGAAGGUGGCUCCUGCAGGACCUCCUCUUUUUAGUAGGGAAUAUUAGUUCCCCUUUUAUUUAUGUGUGAAGAGAAUGGAAUACUUGAACUCUUGGCAAUGGACAGAGCCCUGGAGGAGGAGUCAGCAGGCCUGGACCCCGAUCUCCAUUUCUGCCACUUACUGUGUGACCUUGGGCCAGUCACUUCCCUUCUCUCGGCCUCAACUCUGAGGUCUCUUCCAGCUUGAAGGGAAAGGAGUCCAAUAUUCUGUUGAAAGUAUGGGCCUGUACAUAGAUGUGUCUUCAUAAUGAAGGAGCUUAAUGGGUGGGAAGGGGAAGGGAGUGGGAGAGGGAAAGGGAUAUAUGUUCUGUACAUUACAACUGUAGUAAGAUUGUUAAUCAUUUAAGUGCAGAGAUGGGGGUGGGGGAGGGGGAGAUUUUUCCGACUUGUGUAAAAGCUUUGUGGCUUUGCAUCCAGCUUUCUUGUCCCCCUCUCCAUGGACAGAACUCCCUCCUCCCCUCCCCCUGCCCACAGGAGAAGAAGCCCUUUCUGGGACCUGGGCUAGCUCUCUAGGGCUCCUAUCAUCUCUCUGAGCCCUGAGUUUGUCCUUGGGACCCUCUGAUCUCCUGGUGAGAGUUAUUCCCUCCAUCAGUGACUGCUUUGAGGAGGUGAAGGGAGCUAGACUGUUUCAGACCAUGGACAGGGAAUGGAUGCUUCUGUAGGUAGCUGCCUUAUUUUUUCUAUUUGUGAAAAGAAUGGGGAUCACUUUAUAUUAAAGGACAUAAGGGGAUAAGGUGGGAGGGUAGGAGGCUGCGGUUUGAAUGUUAUACAUUUGAAGGGGCUGGUCCUUCUGAGAAAUCACUGCUGCCAGCCUCAAAGGAGCUGCAUCAUCCAGGGUGCGUGAUGCCCCUUGCCUGGCAGGGAUUUAAGAGAGUGGGUAUGCCGGGCAACAGGGCUGCUGGGUGCAUACUGUGUAUGCUUGGGUAUGUUUGUACCAGAUAAUUAUGGUGAUGCUAAAUAAACAUGCAUGAUUUUCUG